AUGGCUUUGUAUCGCCGGCCUUCGACGGUGCUCACCACUGAGGAGGAGAAGCUGAUUUUCGCCCCAGCAGGCCACCACCCCCACGGCCAAGCCCCCCAAUUCACCCUCUCCCAACUCCACCGCUCCGACCUCGACCCAACUUCCCCCAUCCCCCAAUUCAACGCCUGGUUCUCCCUCGCCCAGCGCACCCCGUCCAUCUCCCAGCCCGAAGCAUGCACCUUGUCCACCGCCCACCUCCCCUCCGGCCGCGUCUCCUCCCGCAUCGUCUACCUCAAGGAGCUCGACCCCCACGGCUUUGUGAUGUACACCAACCUCGGCACCUCGCGUAAGGCGCACGACCUGCAGACAAACCCGCACGCCAGCCUCGUCUUCUACUGGCCCCCCUUGCAGCGCCAGGUCCGUGUCGAGGGUAUUACGGAGACGAAUUCUCGGGAGGAGAGCCAGACGUACUUUGAUACUCGCGUUAGAGGUAGUCGUAUUGGCGCUUGGGCGAGUCGUCAGUCUGCCGUGCUCAAGCCCCAGCCUUCAGCGAAGCAGCCUGAAUCUGGAUCCGAGGCUCUGGUAAACGGCACAGAUGCCACUACUAACCCAGAGUACGAAGACGACGGCAGAGCCCAGCUGGAAGGCUGGGUCAAGGAGGUCGAGGAGCGCUUCAAGGGCCAGGACAAGAUCCCCGUGCCUGACUUCUGGGGCGGCCUGCGCCUUGUCCCUCAGCGCGUCGAGUUUUGGCAGGGCAGGGAGAGCAGGUUGCACGAUCGCUUCGUGUACGAGUGGGAGGAGGGCGAGGAUGGAAAGGAGGGCAAGUGGCGUUUGGAGAGACUGAGUCCUUGA